AUGCAUCAGACUGCUGCGGUCAGGCAACUUUUGGAUGGAUUGAGGAAUCGGUGGGUGUUCUUUUCUCUUGCGUUUUGUUGCGAGGCCAGUGUCCACUUUUUUCGUUCUAUAUAUUCGGCUUUUGUUCUUUUGCUCUCCCCGCCCUCCCUUUAUAACCACAUUUGCGUACUCUCAUGCGGGUUAUGCUUCCCUGCCAUUAGUUCGGAAACUCUUGUCUGUUGCUCCGCCACGUGUCUUCUCUUCACCCUGCUUUUCCAUCCUGUAGAGAUUUCACCAGCCAUCCCCGUUGCCCUCAUCCACCUCAAUUUCAUUCGCAACCCCCCGCCUUAUGUCUCCGUCGUCUGCGCUCAGCUGGGGGUGGAACACCCACAUAUCCUCCUCACAGUACGCCCUUUAAUCCCGGACUGA